AAGCGAAGCGCUCCAGAACAAAACCGAUUACUGACGGACCCCGUCCUUGCAAGAAUCACUGCAGAAAUGAUGUCUCCCGUUAUCCCUUCUCCGGCGGCUCCUAUGAGAACUCGACGUACACACUGAUUCUUCCACGUGGUUCGUCGUCUUCUUAGUGGGAACCCGGUGUCCCGACAGCGGCUGAAAUCAAACAUUUUCAAAAGUGUCAGUUUUCUGCCUAGCGGGGCCAUGAAAACUCGCAGUGUGCUGUAGCCCUGUUUACCCCCGUUUUCUCGUCCUCGCCGCUGUUAAGGCUCCCCGGGACAUAUCUUAGCAACUGGGAAACAAUUCCCCGCCAACCUCCGUACUUUUCUUCUCUUUGUACCUGCAUAUCCACCGGAUCACCUACCUCCAUCUCUUUCAGCGACGCACAACUCCUCUCUAGAUUGCAAAAUUGCAGCUGUUUUGUUUUUCCGCGGGCAACGAACCCGCCGCCUCGUGCGCGGUGGAGUUUCGCGGCAGCCGAUGUGGUCAACGGUGGAGUGCAUGCGUUUGCUUUCGUCUGGCGACAAUUUCUACUUUUCACCGUUGCGUGUGCCGUGCUCUUGGCGUACAAAGUGAUUUCGUUGCCGGGCGUCGUUGUCUUUUUCUUUGAGUGGCAGAUGUAUCGUUGAAGGAGUGUGGACCAGCGCCUUCCUGGUCAGCUUCCCGUUUCGCGGAUCGGGUGGUUCCGUUGAGAAUCGACAGAACAGACAAAGCCCCGCAGCCGCAGCGCGCAAGCUUCCUUUUUGACCCGCGACACACUCGUUCCUCUCCCGGUCCAACGUCUGCCAAACCCUGCCAGUCAUGCUGCGUUUUCAUUCGGCUCUUCACUUGACAUUCUUCCAUUCGACUGCGAUUCCCUUUGCGCUUUUCCGUUCACCCUGCACGUUGGGGGGCACACUGGCUCGUGCGCUGGAUCCCUGUGGCGCCUUUUCUCCUUUUUUGGCCUGUCUUCUUUCCUGUCUGUAAUUGCUGCACUGCCGAAAGAGUGCUCUGAGCGCUUGGCUUUCCUCAAAAGCCCUCCGACGCGGUUCCGUUUUACGCUGUUGUCUGUGUGCCCCGCUUCGUCCUGGCCUUCCCUGCCGCUACGAUUGGGGAGAUUUCGUCCGCAAUCUGUGCUGAUCUGUGGCCGCUGUCGGUCCAUUCUCGCGCUGCGGAUUUGUGCAUGGAGAAACGCACAUGUGCAAGUCCCUUCGGCGACUCAUCCAUGUGUCUCUGUGCGUUUGUUCCAUGAGUUCGAAACCAACUGCGGCGGUAGGGUCGCUCGUCUCGCUUUUCCUGCGUGAGGGGAUCCGGAUUUCUGGAAUUGCGCCGCAUCCCUUGGAUGUGUAGAGGUGUAGAGGCCCAUCAGUCUAAAUAUACACAGACGAAGGCUUCCUCGUACCCCGAGAGAAACGUGACUACUGAGAGAGAGAAGCGUUCUGUCGAGGGACAUGCGUCUCUUCUAGAACUCACAGUCCUCACUCUUGAGCGACGGAGGUGCUAGGCAAGCAAGGCUGUGCAGCGCAGAAGUCUUUGUUCUUCGAUCCUGCAUAUUUCGAAACAGUGCCAUAUCUGGCGGGCCUCCUCUGGCCGCUUCCGUCUCAACCAUCUAUGCAGGAGGGCGGCAGAGGGGACAGGACCCCGCUGGUCGGGCCUAAAGGCGCCCAGGGGGCGGCCUUCAACGCCUCGAAGGCGCCGCAGCCAGGGUCUGAAAGUGGAGAGCUCAGCGAGAAGAAGAGCGAGAAGACAAACAUGGAGGAGAUAGUGAAAGGCAGAGAACCGGCGGCCCGGAGGCCCGAGGGGUGGGAGACAAGUCUCGACUGGGAAGAGUGGCAGGGCGACUGGCCCUUGCCCCUGCAUGCAGCUGCGGGCAGCAUUGCGGGGUUGAUGGAACACUUGGCUGUGUACCCGAUUGACACGAUCAAAACUCGAGCCCAAGCCCUGUGUAUGUCCCCGCCUCCACACCCCUCGGAGGCGUCGACAGACUGCACGCGAGGUGAGCAAAGAGAGCCGCGAACUUCUUGUCUUCGCGACGCGCAGCCUCGAGAGACUCCUGCCUCGCAAGGUCUCUCCAACAGGCCCUAUGCCGGGGACGGUGCCCGCUCUCUCUGGGGCGGCGGGACGGAGGGACGACUCGCCGCGGGUCCCGCCGAAGGGCGCGUGGCCCUCCAAAUGCCCCACAGUCCCCUUGAGCGGUUCUGUCCGCUUCGGCGAAACCCCCUGCCGCCCGUCGGACAGGGGCCUUGCCUUGGGCCUUCGCCGUUGUCCUCGCUGGCGUACUCGACGCCCGUGAAAAAUCCAGGGGAUCGGGGGACGGGUCUGCGCCCCUUAGUGACGGUCUCGAGGCCAUACGCCUCUUUCUCGCUGUCGCCAGGGGGCUCGUGGCCCGCGGUGGCUCUGCGAGAGGCGGGCCUGGGCCCCAGGGCGUUUGGGUGCAGCCCAGCUAGCCAGCAAGCCAGGCAGCGCGCGGUCCCUUCUUCCUCGGGGCUGCUGUUGACUGAAGUUUAUCAGCGGGGCGGAUCUUCAAGGCGCGUCGCAGAUGUUUUAAGAGGCGGCGAAGGCCAAGGUGCACUGGCCAGGGCUUUUAGAGAUCGUGGCAACUCGUCGGUCCCUGCGUGCAACGAUGUAGGUCACAUUCUCUCUGGCGCGCGUCAAAGACCAAUUGCUCGCUCUCUCGAGGAUGCGGUGGAGCGCAUGCGUUUCGCGUCGGUGUGUCCAAACCUGACCGGGGCGUCCGCUCGCGCUGUGGGUCCUGAUCGCGUCCGGGGCGUCCCGUCUUCCAGUUGCGUCGGCAUUGCACGACUCUUUCCGGCAUCCGGAUCGGCUGUCUCCCCUUUCUCCCGCUCUGCCUUCUCCCUUCAUUCUGUCUUCCCUCUCUCCGUGCCAACGUCCCUCCUGGCGCCGCCUCUCGGCGAGCGCGGCCAGGCCCCGCGGUUUCCCUGGCACUCCGCAGCCGCUCUGGAAGGACCUGGGGCCGGCGCGGUGUGGCGGAGACAGCUAGCGAUACUGGCCGGACCCGGCGACUCCCGCGGCUCCGGUGUCUCUGCCUCGCUGGUUCGGAAGACAGCGUGUCGCACGCAUGCGACCUUGGCGCCUAUUGCCGAAGAAGAGUUUCGCGUCUCGCGAGGGAGAUUCUCCAUAGUGUCCGCUGCGAAGUCGCUCUACGCAGAAGGGGGCAUUCCGCGCUUCUACCGAGGCGCCACAGCGGUCGCCUCGGGAUGCAUUCCUGCGCAUGCAUUCUACUUUCUUUCCUACGAGAGAAUGAAGCAGUUCUUCCUCGAGAAAAAGGAGCGAUUGUCGCUCCCAGAGGGGCGCGGCCCCGUCCCCAGCGAGACUGAAGACGCGGCGAUGAAGCGACGGAGAAGGUCAGACACAGCCGGCGGUGACGCCUCGAAUGGACCACACCAGAGAGAAAGCCCACUCAAGCCCCGGGACCCAGGCGACGUCCCUCCAGGUUCCGGGUGGGCCGACGGCUGGGUCGCCGUCGGCGACCGCCCUCGCGCCCCCGGAGGAGGCGCAUGCACUGGAGAGGCGGGUGCCCAGGUCGCAGCCGAGGGGGCGCAGCUUUCGCCGAUAGAGUCCCUCAUUUGCGGGGGGAUCGCGACACUCACGCACGACGUCAUCCUCACGCCGAUGGAUGUGAUUAAGCAGAGGCUUCAGCUUGGCUGCUACAAGAGUCCCUUGGACUGCCUACGGACGGUGCUCCAGGACGAAGGCGGGAUGGCGUUGUGUCGGAGCCUUCCGGCAACAGUGCUUUUGAAUGUGCCGUUCGGAGCGACUCUCGUCUGCGUGAACGAGUGGAUGAAGCAAGCCGUUCUGCCUCCCUGCGAAGGGGCCGAUCGCCGCAGCCACCUGCAUCUCUACUUCUUCUGCGCAGCCGUCAGCGGAGGCGUGGCGGGUCUCAUCUCGAAUCCUCUCGACGUCAUCAAAACAAGACUCCAAACUCAAGACUGCUAUCGCCAGCAGCAAGAGGCCGUGGCCCGACAAGCGCGUAUGCGGGUCUGUGGCCGGGCGGGAGGCUCUGACCGAGCACAGCAGCAUCGACCGGCUUGUGUCCAGAAAGCAUUCCUUCCACGCGUCACAAAAAAAUACAGUUCGCUGCAUAGUGCGGUCCGGACGAUUUUCAGAGAAGAGGGAUUUCGAGGUUUCUGGAGGGGCACCUCGACGAGGAUUGCGUUAAACACUCCAGCAACAGGCAUUUGUUGGGGCACUUACGAAACCGUCAAGUUCCUCUGGAAACGGUUCAACGUUGCAGAUGGGAAUAUGUGAACGCUCUCCCGAUUUGUGGGUUCCACGUCGACAGGGCCAAGCAACGGGUGUGCACGCGUGCACCCCGAUCGGGGUGUCUUUUCGUGUGCAUGCGUGUGUAACUUUCUAGUCAGCUCUCUGUAGACAGUGUGGCGACCGCGUUCGCAGCGCGGUGAUUUUGUCUGUCAGUUUCUUGCGUUGGCUCGAAACCCUAGCAGGAGAGCCUUUCGAGAGGUGCGGGUGGCUUUUGCAGCGGAUGCAUCUCUCGCGCUCGGUAGAUUUUGUCUAAGUAGAUCUGCGCCGCGUAACACAUCGCAGCGCACAACCCGAGUUCCUCUAGGCCGGCGACGUGACAGGCUUUCCUUCGUGUGUCAGUUUUAUGUUCGCGGGAAGAGCCCAAGGCUCGCUGUCCCUGUUUCUUGUGUCUUAGGAAGCGUAAAAUAGAGACUGUGUCGGCAGCUUGUGCCAAGAUAGCUUUCCUGUCGCGGUCGCGGGAUGGCUGAUCCGCACUCAGUGAAGCGCAGUCGGCUCGGUAGACGUCGGACUUCUCAGACUCGUCGAUAUCCACGUCGGUAACACGCCUUUUGUCCGUGCAGGAACGGAAACGAGACCGCAAAGUCUCACGGUCUGGUGCGGAAUGCAAACACAAGCAACAGACACAGAACGUCCUUCGGUUGACCCCAAAGAAAGAAAACUCAGGAUUCACAGCCAUCAAGCUAGGACUUGGUGGAGGAUGCAAUGUGGAGCCCAGAUGCGAAAUCAAGACUAGGGCGGAUCGGAACACACAUCACUAUUUUAGACCGGCUGGUACCGAAUACCAAGCCUUUACUGAUUAACUGAGUUAAAUCAUACAAGGGAAGCUGGAAUGCGGAACUGCACUGAGAAACGGGGACUUUCACCGGUACACCGGACUGUACUGGCAGUGAGUGGGACAGGUGGAACUAUGCCGUGUGCCUGAAAGGAAAGUGCGCAAUCACAGCGGUACCGUGAUAUUCGGUAAUCUUAUGUCCACGAUGGUGUCACUCAGAUCGAACAAACAGACACUGUAGUACCGAGGAUACUGAACAUAACAAAGAGUGUUUUUCGAGAGGGGGUCGCGUGUAUUCGAUGAACUGCGAGACGGUUCCGCGGUGACACGGAAGGCAGUAACGCAGACAUCAAAGCGAAAACAGAGAGUUGCAACUAUUGUUGAACCGUCUGAAGUAAGUGGAAGAAAAACAAGAGCAGCUGAGAGUUCUAAUGUUCGUGUAGUUCUCAGUUGGCAUUCGACGACGCUGGGCGGAAUCGGAAACGCAGCCGAACCGCAGGAACCUCGACUGUCAGACAUGGAAGCAGAAGGGGGAUUCUUUUUUUUUGUGGGGAUGUGACCACGCUUGUGUCACUACCAGCAAACACACAUGAAACAGUCAGCAGCCUCCGAAGUUAAUGUUCACACCUCGGAGAUAAUUAGCUACAUGUGUACGCGGUGUGUAAGAAUAGGCGGAAGACACCAA